UAUUUAUAGCUUAUCUAGUGAAUAUUAUUGACCGCUAGCUUUCUCCUGUACAAGCUUUCGUGUUUUUCAACUUGCAUUGAAGAAAACUUACGGAGGAGAAUGAAUAUAGGUUUGCAUUAUCGCAUCUUGUUUCAGACUUGGAAUAACGAAUGACAUAUAUUAGAUAAAAGGUUGUCAUGGAAAUGUAUAUUGAGAUGUCUUUUUGAAUUCCAUGAAACUUUAGAAAAGUUAUAUAAGAUUCGAAUCUGAGAGAACAGAUGUAAAGAACAGAGAAUUUUUGUGAUGCAAUUCUGCUUUUGGUGUUUGGGGAUGGGGCCCUACCAAUGAAAUAACAAAGCAAUCAAAGGAAGAGGACUCGGAUUUCAGGUUCAAUUGCCUCAAAGACAAAGUCGUCAAAAGCAUCAGUUAUUUCUUGCAAAGUGCAAAAAAGGAAAAUCCCUGAUAGUUUUAAAUGAUCGAUCUGCAAUUGUGGGAGUAAAUAUGGACCGCAGUCGGAAAUGACAUUGAAGUUUACCUCAUUACCAUUGGAUCAUUAUCUUCUGUAUUUUUUUGUCCCAAAAAGGAAAGUGUGUAAUUAUACUGGAGAAAGUAAGCAGUAAAUGUCCUUUCAAAACAGUCACCAUGACAGUUUUUUGUGUUUAGAUCGAUGAUGUUUCAUAACCUUUUUAAUAUAUACCAUCUUGCAUAUAUACUUUGAAAAUUAUGCAGAUCGGAUCAGAUUGCGAUCUUGAUUCCUUUCUUCACUUUACUUCCACCCAAGAGAUCGAAGGAUCGCUAUCUACACCUAAUGACAGAUUCGCAGAUAUUUUUUGAAGAGUUCGAGGAAUUGAAGCGAGAGGUGUCGAAGAUGACUCUUCCUGUGAUGGACGAGUUGGACAGAUUUUUAAGUGAAACAGAUAACGCGACUUUAAUUUUGCUGUUCAACGAAUCCUCACGAGGGAAUGGACCGGGUCUUUAUUCCUUCACCGAUGGACAUUCCUCACAUAUUUUCCUAUUCAUUUCCUUUGGUAUUUUAGUUUUUGCGUCUUUUAUGUCGAAUAUAUUUGUCUGCUGUGUCAUCAUUCGAAAUAAGAAAAUGCACACUGUCACCAAUAUGUUCAUGCUGAAUAUGGCUGUAUCUGAUUUGAUUUUGGUACUUCUAAAUGUGCCUCUGAAUAUUGCUAGACACAUCAUGGACGAAUGGACUUUGGGGAGACCGCUGUGUCAUUUGCUGAACUAUUCUUUAAUGGCCUCUGUUUACGUGUAUUCCUUUACCCUAACAGCUAUAGCGUUAGAUAGACAUCGUGUCCUUCUCUAUCCCCUCCAUCCAAGAAUUACCAAGAAAGAAUGCAUGGCUGUCAUGGUCCUGAUAUGGACACUUUCGUUUAUACUAGCCAUACCGUACGGAAUAUUUACUGAGGUAGGAUACGUUGAUAUUGUGUUUACUCGCAUACAACGCUGUAAAGCCAGUUAUCCUCAUCCUAGUGGAACAUGGGAGCAAUAUGUCACGGUAUUUACUAUCAAUUUACAAUACAUUUUUCCACUCAUUAUAAUUGGUCUGGCGUACUGCCGUGUGGUACAUAAACUUUGGAUUCGGACACACCUUGGAGUUGUCACGGAAGUGCAACGAGUCAUUCAAAUCAAUGCAAAGCGACGGAGUAUUAAAUUGCUAAUUGCCGUUGUGGUGGUUUUUGCUAUAUGCUGGAUGCCACUUAAUUUAUACCACAUUCUGACUGAUUUCCAUCCGGACACGACGGUGUUUUACUAUAGUAGCACUGUGUUCUUUAUCUGUCACUGGAUAGCUAUCAGCAGUACGUGCAUCAAUUCCGUAUUGUAUUGCUGGAUGAAUCCAACCUUCCGCUCCCAGCUUAGACCCAUAUGUUGUGGGGGACCUCCAAGAAACCAAUUCGAACAAGAUUACUUCGACGUUUACCUACAGAAUGUUACAUCACGACAGAAUGUCCGAUAUUGUACUGUGAAUUCCACGUCCUCAUCAGACGGCCAGCGUGCUGAACGAAUGUUGACGAAGAAAUUCUCAUACAAGAUAUCAUUUAAAUCAAAGGUGAAAUACAACGAAACCUAUCUUUAACAUUAUCAAUUUAUAGCUAUUGCUAAAUGUUCUUGC